CAAAGUCUGCAUUAUCAGUAGUAGCAGCAACAAAGCAGGGAUCCUCCGAACGGGCCUCUUACUAGAUAGUAGUAGUAGUAGUACUACUACUACUACCAAUGUACCACCACCCCAGGAACAGAAAAAACCCCGCACGAGCCCAUCACCCAAACAAAACAAUCCUGACGACAGGACCAUCAUGCCAUCACAUCACAUUCCAUCAUGCGAUAAGAAAUACUAACAAUCUCUUUCAUGUUCGACCCAUUCCAUCCAUCCAUCCAUCCAUCCUACAAACCAUCAUCCCCAAAAACCAAAUGGACCAAAUAACAAACACCUCCAGCUUCACCUCCACCUCCAGCUUCACCGACCCCCUCUUCUACCUCUGCUGGCGGCGACAAUCAUGCAAUACCUGCCUGAAAGGCGAUGUACCCUGUAGUUGGUGCGCAGUGGUAAGUCCAUCAUUAUCCUCUUCCCCCAAACUGAACCACUUACAAAAGACAAAAUAAAUGCAGUCCUCAACCUGCGUCCCCAACCCAUCCCUCCUACCUAUUCUCUCCCCGCUACACUCAUCGCAGAUCUGCCCGCUCGGGUCCAAAGAGCGGUGGGAACUCCGCGCAAUACCCUUCGGGUGCCAUGUGAGCAC